AUGGAGCGCGAUGUGGGUCUCGACCCCCUGCCUCCUCGAGAUCUACGCCGCAUUCGAGUGGGUUCGAAAGGCAUUCAUGCAUCCACCGCAUCCUUGCAGGUGGGGUCCUGCGUCGCCUUCCUGCUGGUGGGGACGAAGGCGACGGGAGCGGCGACAACGGCGGACGGAGGCGCGGAGGCAGGGCCACACGACGACCUCCUCCCCGUCAUCCCCGAGCACGAGUCCUGGGAUGACUUCAAUCGCCUCCAUCAUCAGUUUAAUGCAUCUCACGAUGACUUUGGCAUCCUUCUCCCUCCAGAUGACAGGUAUAACUUCGGAAACGAGACGGAGACGCCGAGACUGCGACCGCGACCGCGGCCUCAGCCUCCACCCACAGGCUACGACAUGGUCCUCGAUGCCUCCACGAGGCAGAAUACCACCGACAGGUCCCUGGCCAGCAACAAGGGUCGAUACCUGUAUCCCGUGAGGCCCCAGGACCCGGGUCCCAGGAGGAGAAUGGGUCCCGGGGGAAUGGGUCCCGGUCGAAGCAGAAUGGACCCGGGAUUCAUCGCGUUCCUGCGCAGCCGACCCGAUCUCCUCGUCCGCCUUCUCAAUACCACAGCCGUCUCUGACUCUUCCAAGGAAGAACAGGUCAGGCUCCCAUAUGAGGUGGAUUUGUUGGCGCACCUGGUGUCGCAGUACUACGGGAGACGAAACGAGGGGAUCGACCCCUACAGCGCGGAAUCCGAGAUCCUCAUGAGACGGAUGGGUCGUCCGAGUCCCUUCCCUCCUCGUCCCUGGAGGAGGAUGACACCCGGAAGGCCCGGGAGCCUCCCCCAAGCGAGACGCUAUCUUCCACCCUUUCCCAUCCGCAGGAGGCGCAGGCCGUCCCCUCCCCUGCGUCCGCAGGGCCGUUUCCCGGUGUCUCCCAUACGCUUCGGUUUCGAUGGCGUGGACCCGGACCUCCAAGGAGACUUCGAGGGAGAAUUCAACCGCUACACCCACUACAACGACCGGGACAGCCACUACAACGACCGGGACAGCCACCACAACGACCGGGACCGUCGGAAGAGUCCCCUAUACGACUACCCGGACGACGCGACGAGCAUCCAGGACAUCCUGGACUUCUUCAAGGACGAAUACAAAAACAAGGACGAGGAAUACGGCACCGACAAGCGACGGCCGUCUCGCUACGCCAACAACUACGACGACCGCGAUAGCCAAGAUCGUUACAAAUACCCGGUCUUCAGCACCAAGUACACCACAAAGUACUCGUCAAAACAGAAGCCUCGGCCCAGCAGCGAAGAAGACGACUACUACGGCACCCACGACCCCUUCGACACCUACGGUCCCGAGAUACCAACCGGCGACAACGGUUACUCCGGAGACAGCGUCUUCUACGGGGACACCAUCCACCGCGGCAAGCCGAAGAAGCAGCCGUCGUCGUCGUCGACGGCCAAGAAGAAUCCCUUCGAGAUCAUGAUGGACAUCUAUCCCAUGGAUAAGGGAGUUUAUGGGAGCUCUUUCAAGAAUUACUACCCGUCGGAGUCGAACCGCGGUUACUACUACACCCAGUACGGCGAGGAGUACGUCGAUGACAACAACAAGCAUCAUGUGAUUCUCCACCUCAAUCUCUUCUCCAAGAAGCCCGGAACGACCGGCUUCAGAGGAAGAGGAGGGGAUUCGACGGGGACGGGGAAGGGGACGUCCACGUCCCUCGUCUUCCCGCUGCUGGGGUCCCUGGACCCGGAGCAACUCUAUCAGGCGCUGCUGAACAAGAAGAGGAGCACCAAGGCUCCAGCUCGUCCCAGUGACCCUCAACAUGAUUACUUCGGAUCCCAAUCUCGACCUAUCCCUGAGAAGAAUUACGCUCUCUCCAGUCUAUGCAGUCUCCAUGCAGUAAUGGAGACAAAGCUGGCUGAUCUGCUGGAUCUGAAGAGAUGGGAGAGACAAGCCAUACUGGUGACGGUGGGGAAUGCCAUCCUCCAGUUAUUCUCCACGGCAGCCUACAUGUUCAUGAUGAACGUGGGCAACUUCGUCGUGGGGAUGAAGGACUUCAACGAAUUUGCUUAUCGAUUUGGUAUCUGCUCCACCAUCGUCAUCGGGGUGUACAUCGUGAACAGCGGGGCGUAUCAGGUCGCCUUCUUCAUGACAUUCUUCAGGGAUGUCUUUAACAGGAUCUCCGACGACGUCCACGAACUUCUCGUUCGUAGAGGCUGCAUGUCUUUCGACCCCUUCUUCAAUAUUCGCCUCAGCGACACUGUGGAUGACCUCGAGAAGAAAACAAGUUCCUUCGAAGAGGAGUUGGAGAAGCUGCGACUGAAACAUGAUGAAGUCGCUGUGGGAUUCCGACUUUUCGAGAUUUCCACAAGCAAACAGCUUACCGUGUCGAUGGCAUUCGACAUCACUGCUGCCAUUGCUGCCUAUUACUUCUCCUUCUCGGCCUUCCUUGACGGCAUCGCUGGGAAGGAGAUACCUGAGACGAGUGCUUCACUCGAGGUUGAGUUCAUCCGAACAGCACCAGGUCUCUGCCUUCCUGGAGCAGCUGGAUCUUGCCCCUGUCCGACCCUCGGCUGCCGCCUUCUUCGACCUCAACCGGGGUCUUCUCGUCUCUGCAGUGGGAGCAAUGCUGACAUAUCUGAUCGUGCUGAUCCAGUUCAAGAUAUCCAUGAAUAA